CUUUGAUGUGCAAACAUUUUUAGUUUGAUGUAGUCCAAUUUGUUUAUUUUUUUCUUUUGUGUUCCUUGCCCAAGGUGAUAUAUCAGAGAAUAUUGCUGUGGGAAAUGCCUGAGAUUUUACUGCCUAUGUUUUCUUCUAGGAUUUUAAUGCUUUUGAGUCUAACAUUCUAUGACCAUUUUUGUAUAAGGUUUUUUGUGGAUAUGUUUUCACUAAUCUCAGGAGAAAUGGAUAGACCAUGUGGUAAAUGUAUGUUUAACUUUAGAAGAAAUGCCAAAUUGUUUUCCAAGUGAUUAUACUAUUUUAUACUCUCACCAGAAAUAAAGAUCCAGAUUACCUGAAGCUAUGGUUGGACAAUUUUGUUUCUAGCUAUGAACAAUUCUUAGAUGUUGACUUUGAAAAGCUGCCUACCAGAUUCAAAUCUCUACUAAAGAAUUUUCUGCAUAAGAACAUCAUGAUGAAGUGUUUUUAAAGUCGCUUUGGUGGAAUUUGGAGGUUGGAUUGGAAAAGGGUUAAGACUGAAGGGUAGAUGAUGUGCCUCCAGGAAUAUCUCUGCUUCCUGACAAUAUUCUGCAGGUUCUGAGGAUCCAGCUACUACACUGUGUUCAGAAAAUGGAAGAUGGGUUGGAGGAACAACAGCAAGCCUUAUCAGUUUUGCUUGUCAAAUUCUUCAUUAUUCUUUGCAGAAAUCUAUCUAAUGUGGAAGAAAUUGGGACUUGUUCUUACAUAAAUCAUGUCAUCACUAUGACAACACUUUAUAUCCAGCAAUUAAAAAGCAAAAAGAAAGAGAAGGAAUUGGCAGAUCAGACAUCUAUUGAAGAAUUUGUAAUCCAUGCAUUGGCAUUUUGUGAAAGUUUAUAUGAUCCAUAUCGGAAUUGGAGACAUAGAAUUUCAGGACGAAUCCUUAGUACAGUGGAAAAGAGCAGACAGAAAUAUAAGCCAGCUUCUCUCACUGUAGAGUUCGUCCCCUUCUUUUACCAGUGUUUUCAAGAAAGUGAACAUCUCAAGGAAAGCCUUAAGUGUUGCUUAUUGCAUCUCUUUGGAGCCAUUAUAGCUGGUGGGCAGAAGAAUGCUUUGCAAGCAAUUUCUCCAGCCACCAUGGAAGUUCUUAUGAGAGUUUUGGCGGAUUGUGAUUCUUGGGAGGACGGAAAUCCUGAAGAGGUGGGUAGGAAGGUAGAACUGACUCUGAAGUGCCUUACAGAAGUGGUGCAUAUCCUUCUCACGAGCAGCUCUGACCAGCGUCAAGUGGAAACCAGCACUCUUUUGGAGAACUAUUUCAAAUUGCUGAAUUCAGAUCAUUCAGCUUUACCUAAUCAAAGGAGGUCCAGAGAGUGGGAAAGCCGGUUUAUAGCUCUACAGAUAAAAAUGUUGAAUACCAUCACAGCCAUGUUAGAUUGCACAGAUAGGCCUGUUCUUCAAGCCAUUUUUCUUAACAGUAACUGCUUUGAACAUCUCAUACGACUGCUACAGAAUUGCAAGCUGUUUUUAAAUGCUAACAAUAAGGUGGCAGACAAGAACGAGAAAGACCUGGCCAACAAAUUACUGACAGAAAUAAAUGAGGACCAGGCAUUUCAGGGACAGUUGGAUUGUUUGGCUGUAUCAACCAUUCAGGCUUUGACAGCAGUAAUGAGCAAAUCUCCAGCUGCUAAGGAAGUAUUUAAAGAAAGAAUUGGUUAUGCACAUAUGUUUGAAGUAUUAAAGUCCCUGGGUCAGCCAUCACUGGAACUACUUAAAGAACUUAUGAAUAUGGCUGUAGAGGGUGACCACACUUCAGUUGGGAUUUUGGGCAUUAGUAAUGUCCAGCCUCUCUUGCUUCUUAUCCAGUGGCUUCCUGAGCUAGAAUCCCAAGACCUGCAGAUCUUCAUCUCUGACUGGCUGAAAAGAAUUUGUUGUAUUAAUAGGCAGAGUCGAACUACUUGUGUCAAUUCAAACAUGGGAAUUAGAAUCAUUGAAACCCUUGAUUCCCAUUCUUCCCUUCAUCGAACUUGUGCUGAGAACCUGAUUGCUCUCCAUGGUUCCUUGGGGAGUCAGUCAGUGAGCUCAGAAGAAAUCCGUCGACUACUAAGAUUGCUGAGAGUGGAUGAAUCUGAAUAUAUACACCCUUAUACUACUCCUGUGAUUCGAGCAAUCCUGACAAUGGCCCGAAAACAAAGUCUAGAGAGUGCACUGCAGUAUUUCAAUUUGUCACAUAGUAUGGCAGGAAUUUCUGUACCUUCCAUACAGAAAUGGCCAGGGUCUGCCUUUUCUUUCAAUGCUUGGUUUUGCUUAGAUCAGGAUCAGUUGACUCUUGGCAAUGCUAACAAAGGAGGAAAAAGGAAACAGUUGUACAGCUUUUUUACAGGAAGUGGCAUGGGUUUUGAAGCCUUUAUUACCCAUUCAGGUAUGUUGGUUGUGGCUGUGUGCACAAAAAGAGAAUAUGCGACCGUUAUGCUUCCUGAUCACAGUUUCUGUGAUUCUCUCUGGCACAACAUAACCAUUGUUCACAUGCCUGGAAAAAGGCCCUUUGGUCAGAGCCUGGUCUAUAUCUACGAUAAUGGCCAGCAGAAGGUCUCUGCCCCUCUCAGAUUUCCUGCUAUGAAUGAACCUUUUAUUUCUUGCUGCAUUGGUUCAGCUGGGCAAAGAACCACCACUCCUCCACCAUCCCAAAUCCCAGAUCCACCUUUUUCUUCUCCCAUUACCCCUCAUCGGACAUCAUUUGGUGGAAUUCUGUCAUCAGCCUCCUGGGGAGGAACAAUUGAAAAAUCAAAAUUGAUGACCAAAUUGAUAUCUGCGGGAACCCAGGACAGUGAAUGGGGAUGUCCCACAUCUCUGGAGGGUCAGCUAGGGUCUGUUAUCAUCUUCUAUGAAGCCAUACAGCCUCCUCAGGUGAAGGCAUUAUAUUUAGCAGGUCCAAACUGUUUAAACCCUUGGAAAUUUCAAGAGUCUGACAUGGCGGACCUGUCUGGUAAUGUCCUCCUUCAUUAUACUGCAAAGGCCUGCAAAAAUUCAAUCUGUCUUGAUUUAUCUACUAAUUGUUUGCAUGGAAGGUUAACAGGAAACAAAGUAGUAAACUGGGACAUUAAGGACAUCGUAAACUGCAUAGGUGGAUUAAAUGUACUCUUUCCUCUGUUGGAACAAAUUAGCCACUUCAGUGAAGAACAGAUUCCUGAAGGAAUAAAUGAAAUAACAGUUUCUGAAUUGAUAACACCUGUAGAAGGAGAUUGGGUGAUACCGACCUCCCCAAAGACAUCAGAGUCAAGACUAGAGAGAAGUUUAGUUGCAACAUUUAUCUUGAUUGUGAAACACUUGAUUCAAAGACAUCCUAUUAACCAGGACAAUCUUAUUCACUCCCAUGGAGUUGCCACUCUUGGUGCCUUACUUCAGAAGAUGCCAAGCAUCUUGAUGGAUGUUAAUGUAUUGAUGGCAAUUCAAUUACUAAUUGAACAAGUAUCAUUAGAGAAAAAUAUGCAGCUCCUGCAACAAAUGUAUCAGUAUUUACUUUUCGACUUUCAUAUUUGGAACCGUGGAGAUUUUCCCUUUAGAAUCGGUCAUAUACAGUAUCUUUCCACCAUCAUCAAAGACAGCAGGAGAGUUUUCAGAAAGAAGUAUGGUGUGCAGUUUCUCCUAGAUACCCUCAGGAUUUAUUAUGGAAGUGAUUGUAAAUAUAGUGAGCUGUCUCUAGAUGAUAUUCGGACAAUAAGGACUUCUUUGUAUGGGCUAAUUAAAUAUUUUCUGUGCAAAGGUGGGACUCAUGAAGAGAUACAAAGUAUUAUGGGUUACAUAGCUGCUAUUAAUGAAGAAGAACAGCUCUUUGGAAUUUUGGAUAUACUCUUUAGUCUCCUGCGUACCAGCCCAACUAGAGGUCAGCUUUUCUUACUGCUGUUUGAACCAGGAAAUGCUGACAUACUUUAUGCCUUGCUCUUAAAUCAGAAGUACUCUGACAGACUAAGAGAAAUCAUUUUUAAGGUUAUGGAACAAAUGUUGAAAUGUACAAAUGUAUAUGAACGAAGUAAACAACGUAUUCGACUCAGAGAAGUUGGCUAUUCAGGAUUGGGACUCCUUCUAAAUGAAACACCUGUUAGUACUUCUCUCAUUAAAAACCUCAUCAAUCAAAUCAUAAAUACAGAUCCUACUGUUAAUUUCAAAGAUCUGUUAUCUGUGGUAUAUAUAUCUCACAGAACAUACAUAAAUGUCAGGGUGGUCAUCUGCAGAAAGAUUUUACAGAUUUUACAGUCCCAGCCAGAUGCAGCACAUCAAAUUUCUCAACAAGUGGGUUGGCAAGACACUUUAGUUAGGCUUUUUGUUAAAGCAAAUUUUGAAAAUGGAAAUACUUUUCAUAAGCACAAUAGGGCUGUUUCAAUGAAAGACAAUGAUAAAAAUAUAUCAGCUGAAGAUAUCAAGAGGAACUUUGAUGAAAAGACAGACGAUGAAAAAAUCAACUCUUUUGCCUCAGCUAAUGUGUCUUCUGAUCAAUGGAGUUUGGACGAUAGACACUCUCUAGAUUCAAACACACCAUUAUUUCAAGAAGAUAGCUCUGUGGGAGAAUUGUCUUUCAAAUCAGAGAAUCAGGAAGAAUUCUGGCACAGUAACCCUUCACAUUUGAGUUUAGAUCUUAGUGGAAUUGACUCGUGUGAACUGAGUGAUAGUGGCAGUCAAAUGCCAGAUAGCUUGCCUAGCACGCCAUCCCCAAUAGAGUCUACUAAAUCAUUUUCUGUGCAAUCUGACAAAGAAAGCAGCAUCACAAAUGAUACGGGCUUUUGUGAUGACUUCUCUUUACUUGAAAACCAAGAGAGAUGUGAGGAAGAGCUUCUUCAAUUACUGACAAAUAUUUUGAUCUAUGUAAUGUGUAAAGGACUAGAAAAGUCUGAUGAUGAUACUUGGAUUGAACGGGGACAAGUGUUUUCGGCACUAACUAAAUCAGUAAUAUCCAGUGAGCUACUUCGACCAUCAGAUGAAAUAAAACUAAUUUUGCUGCAGAAGAUGUUAGAAUGGGCAGUCACAGAAAACAGAGAAGCAAAAACUAAUCCAGUUACUGCUGAAAACGCCUUCCGACUCAUGCUGAUCAUACAGGACUUUCUGCAGUCAGAGGGAUUAGUUAAUUCAAACACGUGGACUGAGAAGCUUUUAGAGGAUGUGAUGCUGCUCUUCGACUGUCUGUCAGUGUGGUAUUCUGAAAGUCCAUUAUGGGUAAAACUCUCUCAAAUCCAAAUCCAGUUGCUUCUAGGAUUUAUUGGAAAGGGUAAUUUGCAGGUUUGUGCAGUGGCAUCAGCUAAGCUAAACACCCUUCUGCAGACCAAAGUGAUUGAAAGUCAGGAUGAAGCAUGCUAUAUUUUAGGGAAGCUAGAACAUGUUCUAAGUCAGUCAAUCAAGGAACAAACGGAAAUCUACUCAUUUCUGAUUCCCCUCGUCCGUACCCUGGUUUCCAAAAUUUAUGAGCUUCUCUUCAUGAACUUGCACCUGCCUUCCUUACCUUUCACCAAUGGUAGUUCCUCGUUUUUUGAAGAUUUUCAAGAAUAUUGCAGUUCAAGUGAAUGGCAAGUUUACAUUGAAAAAUAUAUUAUACCUUAUAUGAAGCAGUAUGAAACCCAUACAUUUUAUGAUGGUCAUGAGAACAUGGCGCUUUAUUGGAAGGAUUGUUAUGAAGCCUUAAUGGUGAAUAUGCAUAAAAGAGACCGGGAAGGAGGAGAAAGCAAACUCAAGUUUCAGGAAUUUUUUGUGGAGCCAUUUAAUCGAAAAGCACGCCAAGAGAACUUGAGGUAUAAUAAUAUGCUUAAACAACUUAACACUCAACAGUUAGCCACUCUGAGACGCUGGAAGACAAUACAGAUCUAUCUUACAUGUGAAAGGGGACCUUGGGCUGAAAGGAAACAAAAUCCAAUUCACUGGAAACUAGCUAAUGUAGAAAAUUAUUCCCGUAUGAGACUUAAGUUGGUGCCAAAUUAUAAUUUCAAAACCCACGAUGAAGCUAGUGCUUUGAGAGAUAAUCUAGGUGUCCAGCCCUCACAGCCUUCCAGUGAUUCAUUGCUUUUGGAAGUAGUGAAACAAGUAAAAGUUAGUGAUAUGGAGGAAGAUAAGUUAGAUCUUUCUGAAGAGGAAAUAACAGCCAGAGUAAAUAUUGAUGAGAAUAAAGAACAGGAUCAAAAAGAAAAGUUGGUCUUCUCAGUAGACUGUGAACUCAUUACAAUAAUUGACAUAAUUCCUGGCAGAUUAGAAAUCACUACUCAACACAUUUACUUCUAUGAUGGCAGCAUUGAAAAAGAAGAUGGAGUAGGCUUUGAUUUCAAGUGGCCUCAUUCUCAAGUUCGAGAGAUUCACCUGCGGCGUUACAACUUAAGGAGGUCAGCCAUUGAGAUUUUUCAUGUUGACCAAUCCAACUACUUUCUCAACUUCAAAAAAGAGGUCAGAAACAAAGUAUAUAGCAGACUAUUGUCAUUUCAUUCUCCAAAUAGUUAUGGAACUAGAUCACCACAGGAGUUAUUCAAAGCAUCAGGAUUGACACAGAAAUGGGUGAAUAGAGAGAUAUCAAAUUUUGACUACCUCAUUCAAAUAAAUACAAUGGCAGGGCGAACCUAUAAUGACCUUGCACAGUAUCCUGUGUUCCCCUGGAUUUUACAAGAUUAUACUUCAGAAGAGUUGGACUUUAAUAACCCAGCUGUAUUUCGAGAUCUUUCCAAACCAAUUGGGGUAGUUAAUGAUAAAAAUGCCAAAGUCAUGCGAGAAAAAUAUGAAAAUUUUGAGGAUCCUAUGGGAACUAUUGAUAAAUUUCAUUAUGGUACUCACUAUUCAAAUUCUGCCGGGGUUAUGCACUAUCUUAUUCGUACAGAACCAUUCACUACCCUCCACAUCCAGCUUCAAAGUGGAAGGUUUGAUUGUGCAGAUCGACAAUUCCAUUCCAUCCCUGCUACCUGGCAGGCUCUCAUGGACAAUCCAAAUGAUGUGAAGGAACUGAUUCCUGAAUUCUUCUAUUUCCCAGAGUUCUUGGAAAAUCAAAAUCAAUUUAACCUGGGUCGUCUACAAGUUUCCAAAGAACUAGUAAAUGAUGUCAUUCUCCCCAAAUGGGCUAAGUCAGCUGAAGAUUUCAUCUAUAAACAUAGGAAAGCUCUGGAGUCUGAAUAUGUUUCUGCUCAUCUUCAUGAAUGGAUAGAUCUGAUUUUUGGCUAUAAACAGAGGGGGCCAGCUGCAGUGGAGGCGCUCAAUGUUUUCUAUUACUGUAGUUAUGAAGGAGCUGUGGAUUUAGAUGCCUUAACAGAUGAGAAGGAAAGAAAAGCCUUAGAAGGGAUGAUUAAUAAUUUUGGGCAAACACCUUGUCAACUGUUAAAAGAACCACAUCCUCCUAGAUUAUCAGCCGAGGAAGCAAUGCAGAAGCAGACCAAAACCGAGACUUCAACCCUAAACCUAUUUCAACACCUCCCUGAACUCAAGUCAUUUUUUAUAGAGGGAAUUAGUGAUGGUAUUCCACUAAUAAAGGCCAUUGUCCCCAAAAAUCAGUCUCGUUCUUUUAUGUCUCAAGGCAGUCCUGAGUUACUGAUAACAGUGAGCAUGAAUUAUGUUAUUGGAACCCAUGGAUGGCUGCCUUAUGACAGGAACAUUUCUAAUUACUUUACAUUUUUCAAGGAUCAAACUGUGACAAAUCCAAAAACUCAGCGUAGUCUGAAUGGUCCUUUUGCUCCGGGGCUGGAGAUCACUUCUAAGCUAUUUAUAGUGUCACAUGAUGCGAAGUUGCUUUUCAGUGCUGGACACUGGGAUAAUAGCAUUCAAGUGAUGUCACUUACAAAAGGCAAAAUUAUUUCACACAAUAUCAGACAUAUGGAUAUUGUGACUUGUUUAGCUACAGAUUACUGUGGAAUACAUUUGAUUUCUGGCUCCAGAGAUACUACAUGUAUGAUAUGGCAAAUAACACAACAGGGAGGUGUUCCUGUGGGUUUAGCAUCUAAACCCUUUCAGAUUCUUUAUGGACACACUGAUGAGGUAUUGAGUGUCGGCAUCAGCACUGAGCUUGACAUGGCAGUGUCAGGAUCAAGGGAUGGCACUGUCCUUAUACAUACCAUUCAGAAAGGUCAGUACUUGAGGACUUUACGACCACCUUGUGAGAGUUCUCUGCUCCUGACCAUUCCCAAUUUGGCCAUAUCUUGGGAAGGACAUAUUGUCAUCUACUCCAGCACUGAAGAAAAGACCACCCUCAAGGAUAAGAAUGCAUUGCAUCUGUUUUCUGUAAAUGGAAAGUGUCUAGGGUCUCAAGUCCUGAAGGAACAAGUAUCAGAUUUAUGCAUAAUUGGAGAACACAUUGUCAUGGGUAGUUUACAAGGGUUCCUGUCCAUAAGAGAUCUCCACAGUUUAAAUCCGAGUGUCACCCCAUUAUCCAUGAGAAUGCCUAUCCAUUGUGUUUCUGUAACCAAAGAAUACAGCCAUAUUCUGGUAGGAUUAGAAGAUGGCAAAUUGAUUAUAGUGGGUGUUGGCAAGCCAGCUGAGAUGCGUUCAGGUCAGCUUUCUCGAAAACUAUGGGGAUCUAGCAAGCGACUCAGCCAGAUUUCAUCUGGAGAAACUGAAUAUAAUACUCAAGAUUCCAACUGAUUGUCAGUUCCAUCUUCUCUCAUGGGUAACUGGAACUCGAUUUACUGCUUUGUCACUUUAACCACAUCUACCAAUUAUCGGAAAUGUUUCAGGGUUUUAUCCCUGAAAAUCACUUCAGGAUUACCAAAAUUUGGUAUGGUAUGUGUAUAAAGAUGUCUGUUGUAUUAUUAUUCACGUUAAAAAUUUCUGGUUAACAUUAUUCUUUUUCAUUCUUGGCCUGCACUAUGGUAGAUUUUAGAAAAUUUACUUUAUUAUAUUUAGUGGUCCAUUCUAAUGAUCAUUAGUCCAUUUGGAAAAACAAACUUCUAAAAUGUUAAGAAGUUAUAUUUAAAAUGCUUAUUCUAAACAGCAAUAUUUAAGGUAUAUCUAAUAAAAGUACAAAUAAGACGGUUGAAAGAAAUGGCUUUUAAUAUAUUCUUUAAUCAUUUUCCUAUUAUCUGUCCACCAUAUUUUUUAAAAAGUCAAUUUACUUGGAUCUCCUGAUUGGAAGUAAUAUUUUAAAGGUAUUUGUUGCAUACUUGUAUUUUCAAAACUCAGUAUAAAUUCCAAAUUUUCCUGAUCAGUUGAAAAUAAGUCUAUUGAAACUGGUACGUUGGUUCAUUCCACUACUACUAAGCACAUUACUAGUAAUAUUUUAUUAUUCUUCUUAAAUAAUAAAGGUUGAGUAGGAAUAAGAGAAACUAGAGAUACAAAAUGCUGAUCAUGAUUUUGACAGUUGGAUCCUUACUGUAGAAACAUUUGCAGCACAAUUUAUAUCUUCAAAGUUCAAAAUUUCUUGACUUUUUCUUUACUAAGUGAAUACUCCUUUUUCCUCUGAUAAUUAGAAGAGUUAGCAAUAACCAAAUAUAUUACGUUUCUCAGUAGGUCUUCCACAUGAUAGAUGAAUGAAUGAAAAAGACAUGUAUAACUUAAACUAGUCAUUUAGAUAAUAGUAAUUUUUCAAGAUAUACAUUUCUAUUUCAUGUGGUGUGUGACUUUUAGAAUUACAAUUACUUUUGUUAUGCAUAGCUAAAUGUUACAUUAUGCUUUAUUUAAGAUUUUAUAGUAAAUGGUUGAUAGAUUUAUUUUGGAAUUCAAAAAGAAUGUUAAACCUAGUGUUUUUAUAAGGUCAUCUCUUGAGUUAGAUCAGAGAGCUUUUACAACUCUGAGUGUCCUUAAUUUGAGAUUCUAUGGGUUUGGGGGCACUUAUGAAUGAGAUUGUGCGAAAAUUUUUUGUGUUAAUUGUAUUUUUUUCAGGAAUGAAUGGUUGCAUGGCUCUCGUAAAGAGGUCUGUGGUCAGGAGAAAAAACAAUUUCUACACUAAUAGCUUCUUAAAAUAAGAAUAUUCUUUUUCAUUCCACAAAUCAUAGAUUUCCUUAUAUCCAAUUGUCAUCUCAUUUGAAUCUUUAAAAAGUUUUCCCUUAGCAAUUCUUCUCUUCUGGUGCCCACAGUAUCUACUACCCUUUUCUUUAUAACUCUGUGAGUGCGUAAAAAUUUGUAAGAAGCAAAGGAUUCUGUGUAGGGUAGCUUUUUGAGUAGAUUUGAUCUGAGUCUUGACUAAUAAAAGGUUGUGUACUCGAAUAAUUUCUUCCUA